AGUGAGAUAGAAAUAUUCAGUUUGGCUCGUAUCCCAAAACACACAACUCUUAUAUCCAAAUCCAACACAUUUCUUUUGUCCAAACAUGGGCAGCACUUCCAUCCUCGACGCACUGAAUGUCCGCGUAGAAGGCUCCGGCGACAAAUACAUCGUCUUCGCCCACGGCUUCGGCACCGACCAAUCAGCAUGGCAGCGCGUGCUCCCUUACUUCACCCGCAGCUAUAAAGUCAUUCUCUAUGACCUCGUUUGCGCCGGCAGUGUCAACCCCGAUUACUUCGAUUACCGCCGCUACACAACUCUUGACGCUUACGUUGAUGACCUCCUCAACAUCCUUGAUUCCCUCCAUGUCACUCGCUGUGCUUACGUCGGCCACUCCAUCUCCGCCAUGAUCGGAAUGUUAGCUUCCAUUCGCCGCCCUGAACUCUUCUCCAAACUCAUCCUCAUCGGUGCCUCCCCAAGAUUCUUGAACGACGGAGAAAAUUACCACGGAGGAUUUGAGCAAGGUGAAAUUGAGCAAGUUUUUUCAGCAAUGGAAGCAAACUAUGAAGCCUGGGUUAACGGUUUUGCUCCACUAGCUGUCGGGGCCGAUGUUCCUACAGCGGUUCGAGAAUUUUCUAGAACACUUUUCAACAUGAGACCAGACAUAUCACUUUUCGUUUCAAGAACGGUCUUCAACAGUGAUCUGAGAGGGAUUUUAGGAUUGGUUAAGGUACCUUGUUGUAUCAUGCAAACGGCGAGGGACAUGUCGGUUCCGGCGACGGUUGCGACUUACAUGAAGGAGCAUCUUGGUGGGAAGAGUACGGUGCAGUGGCUGGACACGGAGGGGCAUCUUCCUCAUUUGAGCGCUCCUUCUUACUUGGCUCAUCAGUUGGAGAUAGCACUUUCACAUUAGCGCGUGGGGUUUAAGCUUGUGUUGGGCGCGUGGGUAUGGGUUUGGGUUUAUAACUAUUGGAUGCUGACCAAGGACCAAGGUUGUCCUGGUCUAAAGCUCUAGAAGACAUGUACUAGAGGUUCGAUGUGGACACGUGUCGAAUAAUGUGUGGGUUUUGGUUCAUAGAUUUUAUGAGAUUUUUAUGUAGGAUAAGAAUCUGCACGUGAUGUCACGUGAUGUGUGCCCAUUUUAGGUUCUUUUACUUUUAAUUUGCGAUAUGAGAAAAGGAAACAAAGAAAAAAAGAAAAGAGAAAUGCCUUGUUUCUUUUAUAUAAUGGUUUAUUAUCAUGAUGAUUAUUGGU